AUGUUCGAUCAGUCGCAAUUCGGGAAGCUAUACCGCGACUUGUACUGGAAUAACCUCUUCUUCGAGGCAAUUAAGAGCGUGGAAAAGUCGGCUGAAGAGCAUGGCCUGACGUUGAUUGAGUCCGCUCUGCGUUGGUUGAAGCACCACUCUGGGCUGGGUCCCAAUGAUGGUAUCGUCGUCGGAGCGUCUUCACUUAAGCAUCUGGAGGACAACCUGAGGGACUUGGAGAAGGGUCCUCUGCCGAAGCAAGUUGUGAAUGCAUUUGAUGGGGCUUGGGAGCAUGUCAAGGCCGCUUGCCCGCCUUAUUACUGGAGCUCAGGAUCUGCGACCAGCAUCACUAAUGCACUGGACAAGUGA